AAGAAACAGCAAAGAAAGCUUCCAAUUGUUCUGUAAGCUGCUUCUGUUUCACUGUUAAUGUAAGGCAUGUCUUUCCUCAUUACCUACCACUGACAACUCCACAUCUUCUUCUUAUUACCCAAUACCCCAAAUCCAAACCCAUUUCUCAAGAACCCAGACACAUGGAAACCCUACGCCAAUCCUUUCUUUUUGACAAUGCAGCACGCCACUUUCUAGCCUCUCAGUGUGCUUCCCUGUGGGGUUUUCGCCUUUCUUCUUUAUAAACACCCAUAGUCUUAAAGUUUGCUCUUUUUUCGCUUUUCCUCUUACCAGCACUGUCUCUAUAAGGCAUCUUGGUGCUGGUGAAAAUGGCGUCUGAUCUGAACAAAUCUCUGUCAAAAACAUACAUUGGUCUGCAGUUGUGGGUACUUAUUGUAAUUGGCUUAGGAGUGGUUUUUUUGGUUAUCCUUGGCAUAUCUCUGUGGCUUAGUUUUCGGAAGAAAUCCAGAAGGGCUAAUGACAUCCUUCCUGUAAGGCAAGCACCUUAUGUUUCAGAGGAAAUUAAAGAGAUAAGAGUUGAUCAAGUUUCAGCAAACAGUGGUGGUCUGAACACCCUUAAUGAUAAAUUCAGUGACAGAGAUUCAGAGAAGGUUGUAUUUAGUGUAGAUAAUGGAGAUGAUAGUGGCCAGUCAGGUUCCUUUAAUCAUGUGGAGAAAGAUGUUAAAGGAUCUCAACCAGGAGAAGAGGGAGGCAACGGGACAGUUUCCACAUACAGGCCUUCUUCACAUCCUUUGACUGCUCCUUCACCUUUGUCUGGCCUGCCUGAAUUUUCGCACCUGGGCUGGGGUCAUUGGUUUACUCUGAGAGACCUGCAGCUUUCAACUAACCGGUUUUCAAAGGAUAAUAUUAUUGGUGAUGGUGGAUAUGGAGUUGUUUAUAGAGGCAAUCUGAUUAAUGGGACCCCUGUAGCUGUUAAAAAGCUCCUUAACAAUCCGGGACAAGCGGACAAGGAUUUCAGGGUGGAAGUUGAAGCCAUUGGUCAUGUGCGGCAUAAAAACUUAGUUCGACUUCUUGGGUACUGCAUUGAGGGAACACAAAGGUUGUUGGUUUAUGAAUAUGUCAAUAAUGGCAAUUUGGAGCAAUGGCUUCGUGGAGAUAUGUGUCACAAGGGAUAUCUUACUUGGGAGGCUCGCAUAAAGAUUCUUCUUGGCACUGCCAAGGCGCUGGCUUAUUUGCAUGAGGCUAUUGAACCAAAAGUUGUGCAUAGAGACAUAAAAUCAAGUAAUAUAUUGAUUGAUGACAACUUUGAUGCUAAGAUAUCUGAUUUUGGUCUGGCCAAAUUGCUAGGUGAUGGGAAAAGUUAUAUCACAACCAGAGUUAUGGGUACCUUUGGUUAUGUUGCUCCAGAAUAUGCCAACUCUGGCCUUCUGAAUGAGAAGAGUGAUGUUUAUAGCUUUGGCGUUGUGCUCUUAGAAGCAAUUACUGGAAGAUACCCAGUAGAUUAUGGUCGCCCUCAGCCUGAGGUAAAUAUGGUUGAGUGGCUAAAGAUGAUGGUUCAACUCAGACGCUCAGAGGAAGUAGUUGACCCAAACAUUGAGACUAGACCAUCAACUAGUGCUCUUAAACGGGCUCUUUUAACUGCUUUGAGAUGUGUUGAUCCUGAUGCUGAUAAAAGACCAAAGAUGAGUCAGGUUGUUCGCAUGCUUGAAUCAGAGGAGUAUCCUAUUCCUCGAGAGGAUAGAAGACGCAGAAGGAAUCAGGCAGUGAAUUCAGAUGCUGAUCCUCAGAGGAAAAACUCUGAUGCUGAUAGGAGUGAUGAUCCAGAUUUAAGGUUGGACAGUAGAAUGCCCCAUCACCAGUAAACUUAAGGGCAACCAACAUCCUUACAUCUGUUAAUAUUCUGAUGCCUUCAAAUGCCCUAUAGUUGAGAUUGAAGAUGCGGGGCAGAUGCAGGCAACUGAUGGAAUUUAUUCCUUUUGAGCUUUGAAUUACGUAUCCAUUUCUAGAUUGUAGGGAAGAUUAGUUUGUGUCCGGAAUUGGCAUUGUCAUGAGACACCAUUGCCACUAGAUUUUCUGUACAGUUUUUUUUUUUCCCAUUACUUGAUUUAGGACUUAUAGUUCAAUUUUAUGAAUUUUUGUUGCUGGGAUGGAGAAAAUGAAAAGAAAAACAGUAAGAAAUCUGACGAGAGUACAGGGACGGCAAGUACUACUCUAAACUUGUUUCAGUUGAAUACUUGUAGAAGCAAUGUUGAAAAACAAAGUUGCAGGCAGAGGUUGUGAUAUAGUACUUGGAAGAAUAUUUCUGCUGA